GUUGAUAUGUCAGCUGGACUGGAACCACCGAUAACUCGGCAAGGAGGGAUUUAACUCGCGACCUGAAUUUAGACUGAAUCUUAACCUAGACUGUGCAAUCCGGGAUGUUUUGGACGCGUUCAGGACUUCCAGCGUCAUCGGAAUCCGCUUCCCUAUGAGCUUGGGGUCGUGACAGCUUCCCCAUAUCGCGAUAGGAGCGGUUUUGUCGCUACAACUUCAAACUAUUCGGCACCUACUAGCCUAACCUAUCGCUAUAACCCGGUUUCUUACCCGGGUUUUGGAGUACCAGCAUGUCUGUGUAACCACUGUCAAGUUCCAGGAUUGUCUGGGGAAUGUGAGGACGCUGUUCUUACGGUUUGUGGACGGCGAGUGUCGUCUGAUUUGUUUCUUAUAGAAUUUGGUUUUAGUCACUUUCCCCACCCCCCACCCCCAACGCCUGGCUACCGAGCUAGCAGACAUGGCUAACAAAGUGUAGCUUGUGUUCACUGAGCGUUAAAAACACGGCUAUGCCGACACGGCGACACCAUAGAGCCCGGUAAAUAGGAGUCCCGGUGACGGACUGCAGUAGAGCCCGGUGUGGCAGUCAGCACGAGUGUGGUCGGAGGGCCAGGACGCCCCGCCAGGACACGGCCCAUCGCCGUGGGAGACAGCGGACCUUACGGAGGACGAGUUCCCAGCUUCAGACCGCUUAGGUCCCGGCAGAGACCGGGGCACUGACCUCAUGAAUGGACACCGGAACAACAGCAACGGUAGCGGUGGAGGCCCAGGCUCUGUUCCAGGUGCCCAGGCGCCCGGGCUUCGGUUCAGCAGGGAAGCCCAUCAGGCUCCUGGCUAACUGCUUCCAGGUGGACAUCCCCCAGAUGGAUGUCUACCUGUACCAGGUGGACAUCACGCCGGAGAAGUGUCCUCGCAGGGUCAACAGGGAGGUGGUCGACUCUAUGGUGAAGCACUUCAAGGUGACCAUCUUCGGGGACCGGAGGCCCGUCUACGAUGGGAAGAGGAGCUUGUACACGGCUAACCCUCUACCUCUAGCAGCAGCUGGGGUGGACCUGGAUGUCACGCUACCUGGGGAAGGGGGGAAAGACCGUCCCUUCAAGGUGUCCAUUAAGUUGGUCUCCAACGUGAGUUGGCACACGUUGCACGAUGUGCUGGCGGGGCACGGUACCCCAGACCCCCUGGAACUGGACAAGCCCAUCAGCACCAACCCUGUUCACGCCGUCGACGUGGUGCUCAGACACCUGCCCUCCAUCAAGUACACACCCGUGGGCCGUUCGUUCUUCUCCCCUCCAGAAGGUUAUGACCACCCGCUGGGCGGGGGAAGAGAGGUGUGGUUUGGCUUCCAUCAGUCUGUCCGCCCCGCCAUGUGGAAGAUGAUGCUCAACAUCGAUGUGUCUGCCACAGCGUUCUACAAGGCCCAGCAGGUGGUCCGGUUCAUGUGUGAGGUUCUGGACAUCCACAACAUCGAUGAGCAACCCCGGCCCCUCACAGACUCCCACCGGGUCAAGUUCACCAAGGAGAUCAAAGGUCUGAAGGUAGAGGUGACCCACUGUGGGACCAUGAGGAGGAAGUACCGUGUGUGUAAUGUCACUCGCCGCCCGGCCAGCCACCAGACCUUCCCCCUGCAGCUAGAGAACGGGCAGACGGUGGAGCGCACGGUGGCGCAGUACUUCAAAGACAAGUACAGCCUGCAGCUGAAGUACCCCCACCUGCCCUGUCUGCAGGUGGGCCAGGAGCAGAAACACACCUACCUGCCUCUGGAGGUGUGUAACAUUGUAGCAGGCCAGCGCUGCAUCAAGAAGCUGACUGAUAACCAGACCUCAACGAUGAUCAAGGCCACGGCUCGCUCUGCCCCCGACAGACAGGAAGAGAUCAGCCGGCUGGUGCGCAGCGCCAACUACGAAGCGGACCCCUUCGUCCAGGAGUUCAGGUUCAAGGUGCGGGACGAGAUGUCCCAGGUGACGGGGCGCGUGCUGCCCCCACCCAUGCUGCAGUAUGGAGGUCGGGUGAGCACCGAAAACUACCUGAGCCGUACGGUGGCGACCCCCAGCCAGGGUGUGUGGGACAUGCGGGGGAAGCAGUUCCACACCGGGGUGGAGGUCAAGAUGUGGGCCAUCGCCUGUUUCGCCACGCAGAGACAGUGCCGAGAGGAGAUCCUCAAGGGCUUCACGGACCAGCUGCGUAAGAUCUCCAAGGAUGCUGGGAUGCCCAUCCAGGGCCAGCCGUGCUUCUGUAAGUACGCCCAGGGGGCCGACAGCGUGGAGCCCAUGUUCAGACACCUGAAGAACACCUACGCCGGCCUGCAGCUCAUCAUCGUCAUCCUGCCCGGGAAGACCCCCGUCUACGCGGAGGUGAAGCGUGUGGGAGACACCCUCCUGGGCAUGGCCACGCAGUGUGUCCAGGUGAAGAACGUGGUGAAGACGUCUCCCCAGACGCUGUCCAACCUCUGCCUCAAGAUCAACGUCAAGCUGGGAGGAAUCAACAACAUCCUGGUCCCUCACCAACGGCCCUCGGUGUUCCAGCAGCCUGUUAUCUUCCUGGGAGCCGACGUCACACAUCCCCCGGCUGGGGACGGCAAGAAGCCCUCCAUUGCAGCGGUGGUGGGCAGUAUGGACGCCCACCCCAGCAGGUACUGCGCCACGGUGCGCGUCCAGAGGCCCAGGCAGGAGGUGAUCCAGGACCUCUCCUCGAUGGUGCGAGAGCUGCUGAUCCAGUUCUACAAGUCGACCCGCUACAAGCCCACCAGGAUCAUCUUCUACCGGGACGGGGUGUCCGAGGGACAGUUCAGACAGGUGCUGUACUACGAGCUGCUGGCGAUCCGGGAGGCCUGUAUCAGCCUGGAGAAGGACUACCAGCCCGGCAUCACCUACAUCGUGGUCCAGAAACGCCAUCAUACUCGCCUUUUCUGUGCUGACCGCAAUGAGAGGGUCGGGCGCAGCGGCAACAUCCCCGCCGGCACCACGGUCGACACGGACAUCACCCACCCCUCCGAGUUUGACUUCUACCUCUGCAGCCACGCCGGGAUACAGGGUACCAGUCGGCCCUCGCACUACCACGUCCUCUGGGACGACAACUGCUUCACCGCCGACGACUUCCAGAUCCUCACCUACCAGCUGUGCCACACGUACGUCCGCUGCACGCGCUCCGUGUCCAUCCCCGCGCCGGCCUACUACGCUCACCUGGUUGCCUUCCGCGCCCGCUACCACCUGGUGGACAAGGAGCACGACAGUGCGGAGGGCAGCCAUGUCUCUGGUCAGAGCAACGGCCGGGACCCUCAGGCGCUGGCCAAGGCGGUCCAGAUCCACCACGACACCCUGAGGACCAUGUACUUCGCCUGAACACACACAUACACACAGAGUAACACACACACACACACACACACACACAGACAGAGACACAGACACACACACAGA